AUGGGGGAUUUUAACUCCGCUUUGAAUUUGGAAGAUAAAUCUAUGGGAUCCUCUGGUAUAUCUACUAGUAUGCGGGAGUUUCAAGAAUGUGUUAAUCAUCUUCAAGUGGCGGAUAUUAAGAGCAUAGGGUUCCACUUCACGUGGACUCAAAAGCCGAAGAAAGGGGUUGGUUUAUUAAAGAAGAUCGAUAGGGCUAUGAGUAACAUUCAGUUUGUUAGUGAUUACCCGGAAGCGGUUGCGAUGUUUCAACCAUAUCGAGUCUCUGACCACUGCCUGUGCAUUCUUAGAAUUAACAAGAUGGUAAAGAAAAAAGCUAGUUCUUUCAAGUUUGCAAAUUUCUUGGUUCAUAAACCGGGUUUUUUGGAUGUUGUUAAGAGCCAAGCCGUUCCUGAGGCUUUUGUCAACUAUUAUGAGACGUUUUUAGGGUGUGAAGGUGAUAUCUCUUCGUUUUUGUCGCCGGAGAUUUUUCAGAAUCGUCUAAGUCAGAACGUGGCUGAUGACAUGAUUCGGGCUAUCACAGUGGAGGAGAUCAAAUCGGCUUUGUUUGCUAUUGGUAAUGAUAAAGCUCCGGGUCCUGAUGGGUACACAGCGGCUUUUUUUAAGAGCUCAUGGGAGAUUGUUGGUACGGAUGUUACAAAUGCCGUUAUGGAUUUCUUUAUUUCAGGUCGGUUGCUCCAGGAGAUAAAUCAUACACUUAUUGUACUUUUACCUAAAAUGACUACCCCUGCUACGGUAAAAGAUUUUCGUCCCAUUGCUUGUUGCAAUGUUAUUUACAAGUGUAUUAGUAAAAUUCUGUCUGAUCGGUUGAAGGUGGCCCUUAAUGAGAUUGUCAGUAUAAAUCAAUCAGCUUUUGUUCCUGGUAGGAAAAUAUCGGACAAUAUUCUUCUUACGCAGGAGUUAAUGCAUAAUUAUCAUAAAGAUUAUGGGCCUCCUAGGUGUGCGUUCAAGGUUGACAUCCAAAAAGCUUAUGAUACUGUGCAUUGGAAUUUUCUUGAAGAUGUUUUACUGGGAUUCGGGUUCAACCAGAUGAUGAUAAAGUGGAUUAUGCUUUGCGUUUCUACUCCGUCAUAUUCAGUUUGUGUGAAUGGUAGUGUUCAUGGUUUCUUCAAGGGCAAACGUGGCCUCCGACAAGGAGAUCCUAUUUCUCCUUACCUUUUCACGUUGGUGAUGGUAGUAUUGACGUGUAAGUUACAACAAGCCUCUUCUAUUGAUUCGUCUUUCAGAUUCCAUAACAAGUGUCAACGUCAACGCAUCAUCAAUCUUUGCUUUGCGGAUGAUUUGUUUCUAUUUGCUAGAGGGGAUGUGAGAUCGGCUACAUGUAUUAUGAAUGCUCUCUCUCAAUUCUCUCGUAUGUCUGGCUUGAUUCCGAAUGUUCAAAAGAGUACCAGUUUCUUUUGUAAUGUUCCGCAGCAUGUCAAGGGGGCUAUUCUAGGAAUUAUGUCCUUUGUCGAAGGUGAGUUACCAGUCAGAAUUCCUUCGGUGUGCUGCUGGAGUUGGAGAAAAAUCCUCCAGUUACGACCGAUUAUUAGGAAUCAUGUUUGGUCUAAGCUUGGUGAUGGUGGGAUGACAUCCGCGUGGUAUGACCGUUGGUGUGAGUGCGGGCCUUUAGCCAGUUUCAUAUCUCCUCGUAUCAUUCAUGCAGCUGGGUUCUCCCUUCAUGAUUCGGUCAAGGAUGUUUGGGCGGAUGGAUCUUGGAAGUGGCCUACGGCUUGGCCAGAUUUGUUUCCGGUUUUGAUUCAACUUGAUAACCUGCAACUUAACCCGAAUAGUAGAGAUAGAUUUCUUUGGAAAGAUGGUGAUAAAUCGUAUGAUCAUUCGUCUGCGUGUGUGUGGCAAUCUAUCCGUGCUAGGGAGACGGAAGUAGACUGGGUGAAUGUGGUAUGGUUUUCUCAAUGUAUUCCUCGGCAUGCUUUCCUUAUGUGGCUCAUCAUGCGUAGGAAACUUUUGACCCAGGACAAAAUUCUUCAAUGGGAUCUGACGAGAAGAAAGAACAUGAACAUGAUGUGCUGCUUAUUGUGUUUCGAAAAUAAUGACUCUCACGAGCAUCUGUUUUUCGAAUGUAAGUUCUCGGCUCAGAUUUGGUGCUCGGUUAGGGAUAAGGUGAAUAUGGGUACGGUUGACCCGAAGUGGAUAGAUGUGACGAAUUGGCUCUUAGCUAGAGGUGCGUCUAAAUCGGUUUUCAAUUAUUCAAGUCGGCUCAUUGUGGCAGCUUCAGUGUAUUUCAUUUGGCAAGAGCGAAACGCUAGACUGUUUAAAAAUCAAACGAGACCUCCAGAUAUUAUUAUCUCUUUGAUUCUUCAGACAGUUCGAUACAAACUUAUGGGAGCUAAGUACAAGAGAAUGGAUAAAGUCAGACGCUUUCUAGAGCUGUGGGAUAUUCACGAUGACUCGAUGCUUGUCGACGCUGGCUAG